CUUUUGACUACAGAGCUCUUAUUUGCGCAAUUUCGAAUUCAAGGUGAUUCUAUAGUAUUUGAUCACCGUUAUUCAGUGUUUUCACCCCACCAUAUAAUCUUCAAAAUGUUCAUCUCGCGGUCAGAAUAUGAUCGUGGUAUCAAUACCUUCUCCCCAGAAGGCCGUCUCUUUCAAGUUGAAUACUCGCUCGAGGCCAUCAAACUCGGCUCGACGGCAAUAGGCGUCUCUACAUCUGAGGGUGUGAUUCUCGGAGUCGAAAAACGCGUCACGUCGACUUUGCUCGAAACAUCGUCCGUGGAAAAGAUUGUCGAAAUAGAUCGACAUAUCGGCUGCGCGAUGUCUGGCUUGCAAGCUGACGCGCGCAGCAUGAUCGAACAUGCUCGAGUCGAAGCCCAGAACCAUGCUUUCAACUAUGCAGAACCACUGCGAGUGGAGAGCUGCACGCAGGCAAUUUGCGAUUUGGCACUCAGGUUUGGCGAGGGCGCCGAGGGCGAGGAGAGCAUCAUGAGUAGACCAUUUGGUGUUGCAUUGUUGAUUGCUGGUUACGAUGAAGACGGACCAAGUCUAUACCACGCCGAGCCCUCUGGCACGUUCUAUCGAUACGACGCGAAAGCCAUCGGCUCCGGAUCGGAAGGCGCGCAGGCGGAGCUGCAGAAUGAAUUCCACAAAUCGCUCACAUUGUCGGAAGCCGAAGAUCUAGUGUUGAAGACACUGAAGCAGGUUAUGGAAGAAAAGUUAGAUAGUAAGAAUGUGCAGCUUGCCAGCGUGACGAAGGAGAAGGGGUUCAGAAUUUAUGCAGACGAGGAGAUGGAGAGGGUGGUAGGAAGACUACCCAAAAACUAAGCGUUAGAACUCACGCAUCAAACCAAACUUGAAGCAAGGCGUUUGGGCGUCACAGCAAUGGCAUGUAGCAUUACACCGCAUCUAUCAGGUGAAUAGACGGCGAAGGCCAGGCGAUAGAGCCAAUAAAGAUAAACGACGCCGCACUACGAAGUCCUGUGAUGGGAGCGGCCUCUUUCGCACUGAAAACGAGCUCCGAUUGAUCUAUGCAUAUACGUCUUAUUUCAAAUUG